CCUGCCCGCCGCUGCAGGCAGCGCGGCACCGGCACCGGGCACCCCUUUAUAGGCUCUGCCCGAGGGGGUGGGGGGCGGCGGCGGCCCCAGCCCCGAGGGGGCGGCUCCCCCCUAAAAGCCGGCGGCGGGACGCGCGGCGGGCAGAGGCGCGGCCGGCGCUCCCCGGUGCUCCGGGGCCGGCGCUCCCCGGUGCCGCUGCGGCUCGGCCCGCCAUGCCCCCGCGGGGGCCGCUCGCCCGGGCUCCGGCUCCUCGUUCCCGGUACAGCAGCAGCCGCCGCCGCUGCUACCGCUCGCCGCCGCCGCGCCCGAGGCUCUGAGCGCCGCCGCCGCCGCCGCCGGGAGACCGCGCCCGCCCCGGCUCCAAGAUGCUCCGCCAAGGGGGGUUUGCGGAGCUGCUGCUGGUGCUGCUGGGGCUGAAGGUGCCCGGUGCCCUGGGCUGCCCCACCGACUGCGUGUGCUACCCCUCCCCGAUGACUGUCAGCUGCCAGGCUCACAACUUCGUCACCAUCCCCGAGGGCAUCCCCGAGGACAGCGAGAGGAUCUUCCUCCAAAACAACCAGAUCACCUUGCUGCUGCGGGGCCACUUCAGCCCUUCCAUGGUCACUCUCUGGAUCUACUCCAACAACAUCACCUUCAUCGACCCCAACACCUUCGAUGGGUUCAUCAACCUGGAAGAGCUGGACCUGGGGGACAACCGCUACUUAAGGGCUUUAGCUGCAGACACUUUCCAAGGGCUGGUGAAACUCCAUGCCUUGUAUCUGUACAAGUGCGGGCUGAGCUCUCUCCCCAGCGGGAUUUUCGGUGGCCUCCACAACCUGCAAUACCUUUACCUGCAAGACAACCACAUUGAGUUCCUUCAGGAUGAUAUUUUUGUUGACUUGGUUAACCUCAGCCAUCUUUUUCUCCAUGGAAACAAGCUCUGGAGCCUCCAUCAGAACACGUUCAGGGGACUAAUAAACCUGGAUCGGCUGCUCAUCCAUCAAAAUCAGCUGCAGUGGAUUCAUAGGCGGGCUUUUCAUGACCUCCGAAGAUUGACCACCCUUUUCCUGUUCAAUAACAGCCUCUCGGAGCUGCACGGGGACUGCCUGGCCCACCUGGCAGCCCUGGAGUUUCUCAGGCUGAAUGGGAACCCAUGGAGCUGCGACUGCAAAGCCCGUUCCCUCUGGGAAUGGCUGCACAGGUUCAGAGGCUCCAGCUCCAGCGUCAUCUGCGAGUCCCCCGAGCAGAUGCACGGCAAGGACCUCAAGGUGCUAAGAGCAGAAGACUUUAGGAACUGUUCAGGCUCCGAGUCGCUCCACCAGAUGAAAACACACACCUUCUCUACGAUGGACAGAGGAGCCUCCAAAUCCCACCACCCUCACCACUCCUCCAAGGAGAAGGGCAAGGAGCGAGGGGCUGAGAACAGUUUGCACAGCAACCAGCCCGCCGGCUCCCGGCCGGGCUACCGCAAACCCGGCAAGAACUGCACCAGCCACAAAAGCCGUAACCGAACCUCCAAACCGGUGUCCUUGGGGCCGCGCAAAAACGGGCAGGAGGUCCCAGACUAUGUGCCUGAUUAUCAGCACAAAUACAGCUUUGGGGCCAUGCCCACGCUGUCCCCCAAGCGCAAGGGUAAGUGCACCCGGCGGACGCCCAUCCGCCCGCCCAGCGGGGUCCAGCAGGCCGCCGGCUGCCCGGGGCUCAGGGCGUCGCUCCUGGUUUUUAUGGUGGUGUUGGCGGCCGUCAUCCGCUGAGCCCCCCAGCCCCGGCCGCGGACGGAGCGGAGCUGUACUGCCACCAAUCUACAAAGGACCAGAGUUUCUUUUCUUCUUCUUUUUUUGUACGUGGCUCAGCGUUGGCCUGGCGAAGGGAAGAACGUUGUCUCGGCUUCUGAGGGUUGUCUCCGUGCCCGGCCGGACUGUGCCGAGCGCAGCGGGAGCAGAUUAAAAGGCAUUAUCACACCUUGUCACAAACAGCCUAACCGAGCACCUACAACAAUGGCAACAAAAAAGCCAACCUUACAAAAAGCAGAUAACAGGGAUGGUAACCAAUGCGUCGGUGACAACACCCGGACAAAUGGACUGUAUCCAUGCUCUUGUGAAAUCCCGUUCGUUUGAGAGCGCUCCGAACGACCCCUCCAAUUACCUGAAGGAACAUAAUUGCUGUAAAAACCAUCACCGAUUAAGCCUACACUGUUUCUCUCUGAAAGUGAGUGCAAGGACACUGAUACCGAUGUAAUAAGGACAUUUGGUUCUCCCACGUUUUAGCCCUUUUGGCUCCAAACCCAGAGGCCAAAGUUGGCUGGGAAUCUCUUGGAAGACAAUCUCAAACCCCUGAAUAUCUCAGGCAUUACAGCAGAACAGGGCUUGCCUGCUGGGCUUGGAGUAGCCGACAACCAAAGGAAAGACUGAUUAGAGGUGGAAUAAAAAAAAAAUAAAAAACCCAAACAAACCCAACACAGAAAGAAAUGAGGUACCUGCAGGAGGUGUGUUUUUUGUAACCAUGUUCACACAUCUGAGAAAAAAACCCCAACAAUUGCACAGGCUCCCCCUCUUCCCCUCAAUUAUCCAUAUGUAUGUCUUACAAUGUUUAUAAACUAUAUGGAAACUGUA